ACGAAACUUGACUCGCGUUUUCAUUCAAACUUGCAGCCGAGGCGGCGGGACGGAGCCGAGCCCGGGCGCUGCGCGGAGAGUCCCGGGGAACGCGAUUCCCCCUCCAUGACCGUGAGACCUGCCUGCCGGGAGAGCUGAUGAGCCCUGGGGAUCGGCAGGGACAGGAGGGGGGUCGGACACCCUGUUCUCUCCCCCGGCCUCUGACAAGUCUCUGCCUUGCAACCCCGCCCCUCCAGCCAUGACAGCCCCCAAGGCCCCGGCCAGCUGCCACCAGCUGCGGGAGUUUGACAGCGUCAAGGACUCCAUUGCUGACCUCAUCAACCAGCUGCAGGACAUCGACCCGAGCCGCCUCUCCUUCUCGCCCUUCCUGGACCUGGACACCCAGAUCUCCCUGGCACCUGUCUCCGACAGCCCCGAGUCCUCCGUCGAGGAGCUGCACUCCACCUCCGAGGAGGAGGCCUCCCUCAGCCUGGCUACAAGCGACUCUCCAGGGCCAGAGGCUGAGCCGGUGGAGGGGAUGCAGAGCCAGGGGGAUGGUUCUCUCCUGGGGGAGGGCCCCCGGCCUUCCACGGUGCAGGGGGACCCUGGGCUUCCUGUGGCAAUGGACCCCAAAGACCCCAUCCUUCCACUGGGCUGCGACCCACGGGAGACGGGCUGGGUGGGGCUUGGAGACAGCGUGGUGGUGGCAGUGCCCAAGGAGACCUGCUUCCUGGACAGGGUGGGGGCAGAGACCCCCAUGGUGCAGCACAUGGAGCAUCUGCCCACUGGCAGGGAGCCAAGCAGGGCGCAGCCCCAUAGCGAGGGGCCAGCAUGCUCCACGGCCAGUCGGCCUCUCCCCAGGGAGGAGCAGCCGUUCCUCGGCUCGGGUGUGGAGCCGGUUUCCUGUGGCCCCGAGGAGCCCGCCCCUCGCCCGCCAGGGAAGUGCUGCGGCUGCGGCACCAGCUCCCACCUGAAGGCCGUGUCCUCGGUCUUCGUCUCGCUGCUCCUGGCGCCCUGGGUCCUCUACGGACUCUAUUACCUCCUGCCCUUCGAGCCGCCGCUUUGCCCGGACCUGGCCAGCCGUGCGGCCUUCGCCCUGCGCUGCCUCCUCAUCACCGUGGUGCCCAGCAUUCUUGGUGCCAUGUUCGGGGCUCUCGCCAAGCUCUGCUCGGUGGCCAUCGACCCGCUGGACACACGCUCCCCGCCCGUCCUGCUCCACCGGCUGUACAUCACCAGCUCCACGGAGCAGCUUGUCAUCUUCGGCCUCAACACGGUGGUGCUGGCCAUGUUCCUGACCCAGGAGCACCUGCGCCUCAUCCCCGUCCUGGCUGGGCUCUUCUCCAUCGGCAGGUGCUGUUACUGGAUCAGCCUCCACGUCGGCAGCGCUUACCGCGGCUUUGGCUUCGGCCUCUCUUUCUUCCCGGCCCUGGCGAUGACCGGCUACAACCUGUUCUGUCUGUACGACCUGGGCUUCGCCUUCCUCUUCGCGCCCUCUCCAGCGGGUGGGGGCGGCGGCGGGGCCACGCCUGCCCCCCCGCGGGAGCCGGCGAGCCAAGGCACUUGAAGGAGGAGACGGCAUAGGAUGGGGAGAGUCCUGAGCUCCAGCAGCCACCACCGCCGAACAGCUGCUCCAGCCCAGCUUGGAUCAAUACACAAGGCAGCGUAAAGCAUCCCUGCUUCCGUCCAUCCCCAGCUGUGCCCUCCCACCCCCCAGCUGGGCAGUGCUGAGUGAUGGACGAGCCCCAGAGCUGAAGGCAACUUCUUAGCAACCACCGCAGUAAGGUCACUAAGACACCACAGAGCAGUAGGGCCCGGCCCUGUGCUACCAAACAGCGUGGGAAGGGCUUUUCCCAGCCCAACGCCUGCAGCAUGUGAAACUGCUCCAGCAAGCUCCUGCUCCCAGGAGAUACUGUAACUGACAUUGAGUCCUGGCCCUGGAGCUCCCCUUGGUCUCUCCCUCCCUCCCUCCAGCCCAGCCUUCCCCGGGGCUGUGCUGUGUGCCAGGGCACAGCUGUCUCUGCAGCCUGGCCAAGGUUAAUCUGAGCCCAGAGGAGAGGGGCUUUAGCCUCUCCCUUUGAUGUGGCCUGGUCCUACCUCCCUCUGGCAUGCUGCUGCAGCCAGGGCAGGGAGAUGAGCAACUGCAGUGUCCUAAUGACGUGCUAAGCCCGGCAGAUCAGGUCACGUGGGCAGACCUGGGCCAAAAACCUGGCUUGGUUGCCCUUGGAAAUUAGCCUGAACUCCCAGGAGAAGUCUCUGAAAUCCUCAGCCCUGUCAUUUUUCUUGCUCUUUCCUCCAUGGGGCCAGGGCACCUCACACACACUGCCCGGCCCCCGUAGCAGUGCCCAGAGGAGCCGUCCUUUCCUUUCUCUGCCACCCCCUCACGUACAGGCAGGUUACAGAACACCGACUGCAGGCACACGCCGGGUACUCAGUUGUGCGAGUGGCUGGGGGGUUAAGCCCUUCUCUGUGCAUUUAUGAUCCCAAAUACUCUUGAUCAAAGUGACUUUCUGAGUUAAGAGGGGCAGCGGUGGCUUGCUGGGAGAGAGGAUUUCAUCUCAUUCAGCAAUAAUCCAGAGCAGAGCAGUAGCCAGUGGACUUGAUCCAGCAUUGCCCUGCUCCUCGGGGUGGGGGGGUAUUUAAACCAGGGCAGGGUGCCCCCCGCUCCCAGAUGAGAAGGGUGACGAUGGGUAUAGAGGAAUGGGAAAGCAGGCUGGCUGGGGCAGGAGAGUGGAUGCUGGCGGGUGAGCUGUGUGGGAUGCAGGGGGCAGUAGCUGGUGUGACAGGAGACAGCUGUUAGUGCUGUUGGGGGGGACAUGCAGUGGUGUUGCUGGGCCCAGGACCUUACAGAGACAAGGCAGGUGAGGAACUCACCUUUUUUUGUUCCUCACCCCAGGAGUCAGGCCAAUAAAAGACAUCACCUCCCUCCCCUCGGCUCUGUCUGAUCACCAGGAAGAAUUCGAACUCCCCCACCACUGCCCGAGGCAGAAAACCACCUGCCAGGAUCUAGGCUUCCUCCCUGCGGAGGAUGAUUCGCCAGGAGGGAGUAUUCCCUUUCCUGGCUGAGCAGAGGUAACUUCCCCCUUCCGCUGUGCCCAGAGGGGACGGCCCCUGAACUGGGAAUUCUGAGAAGGGAAACUUGAGGCUAAGCUGCCCCCCCCCACCCCCCAAGGCCAAGCCCCUCAGCUCUGUUCCUGGAGCAGAAACCUGCCUCCCUCCUCUACUUGUACGACCACUGUGAAGGCCUGGGCCCAGCGCCGCAGCUGCAGGAACCCCCUUGAAAUCCAAGCUGAGGGUCCGGUCGGCCGUGUCCUGCGCAAAAAGGCCAUUACGUGUAGUGACGGCAGCCACCGCUCUGCUCAGCUGGUUCCUUGCAGAACCUACCUGGGCAAAAACCUCUGAACAAAAUAAAAUAUUGUUUCUACCUCUUCAGGCCCCGCCGCGUCUGUU